AUGCUUUUUGCGGCACAAAUCAUCGAACAGCCCGGCAACGUCGAUACUGGCAAUACGGUUAUGGACUUUCUUAAAGAUGAGCGCGAGCGUGGCAUCACAAUUUCGUCUGCCACAAUUUCGUUCCCCUGGCGUGGCGGUCAUAGGAUCAAUCUUAUCGAUACCCCAGGUCAUGUCGACUUUUCAGUGGAAGUGGAACGCUCGCUCCGCGUCCUCGAUGGGGCUGUCGCCAUCAUCGAUGCCGUCUCUGGUGUGGAGGCCCAGACAGAGACUGUCUGGUUCCAGGCGAAUAGCCAUCACUUACCGCGUAUCAUUUUUAUCAACAAAACAGAUCGCGAGGGCUUUUGCCUAUCUAAAAUAUUUACCCAAAUCGGCCUCCGCCUUGCUUCCAGUAAUGCCCGGCCAAUACAGAAGGCUUUUUUUGAGGUACGGCCGCUCGCAGCGGCCUUUAAUGAAUGCGAAACCUCGCUCUUUGGUAAGAUGCCUUGGCUAGUCGAUUUGGCUACCCUUGACUUGAUCACCAGACACGAGUCAGACGUGCACCACAACCUUAUGCUGCCUUUUGAGCAUUGGAGCGCAGAUCCUUUCUUUCGUUCGAACGCCAGAGCACCUUUGGAUGCCAUUAUCUCGGCCAGACUCUCCCUUGUUGAAGCAGUAGCGGAGCGCAGUGAUGAUGACGAGAUUCUCGAGACCUUUUUUGAACAUUCAGCCCAGGGAGAAACCUUCCCCGCACCGCUGCUGAUGAAGUGCAUAUGCGGACUAACGAAUAGUGGAAAGUUGCACCCCGUUCUGUAUGGUGCUUCUCUGCGCAAUUGGGGCAUUGAGCCGCUUCUUGAUGCAAUUACACGAUACUUACCCGCACCAGCACCGCUCAGCUGGCCUGUGGAUGCCAACUCGAUCCAAGGGGUUGCUCUCGUUUUCAAAAUGGUCGUGGACGAGCGGAAAGGGCCUAUGGCUUUUGUGCGAGUAUAUCAUGGCCAUAUGCGUGCCAAAUCGAAUGUUAUCAAUGCCUCUAAGGGUGGCCUUCGAGAGCGAAUUUCAAAGAUCCUCCACAUGACCUCCGGAGAGAGCCACGAGAUCCAAAUUGUGUCCUUUGGAAAUAUUGCUGUUCUGCUCGGACUUCGUGCAACAACCACAGGAGAUACUCUGUUACUUCCUGUCUCUGAAGUUGAGUUUGUUAAGCGAACACAUUCGACCGCCAGCCCGUCCAAGGCAUCCGCUUCAUAUCCAGAAGCCAGCGUUGAGCGAUACUGCCUGCCUGGGAUCAAGAUCCCUGAACCUGUUUUCUUCCGCUCCAUUUGGACAGAAAAUGAGACUGAUGAAGAAUUCCUUCAGACGGCGAUGGCAAAAUUGGGGCUGGAAGACCCCUCCUUCAAAUAUGAAAAGAACAAAGAGUCCGGGCAAAUGAUAAUCUCUGGAAUGGGCGAGCUCCAUCUUGAGAUAAUCUCAAACCGCCUGCUACGAGAAUGCAAAUCUAGCAAGGUGCGCUUGGGCCCUGUCAAUAUCGCUUACAAGGAAUCUAUCGGCAGAGGAAGCCUUUUUCAACAUUCACAUGUUGUGGAUCGAGAAAUAUUUGGAAAGCGACUGCAUGCCGGUGUAAAUUUACGAAUCUUUGGGGGAUCGUCGCUCGAUAGUUUACCUAAUCCCUGUACCGAUACCGCCUUUGAUGGUGAUCGUGGCUCUGACGUGGCGCAACACGCUCCUCGCCAGGAUCUCAUUGUGGAAACAGCAAAUAAGGUCUCAUUUGGAGCGCACUUUGUUGACGAGCAGAUGACCCUUAACAUUUUCAACAUCUCAUCUGUUGAGCUGCAAGAGGAUCUUAGGGAGCAUGUGGAAAUCGUCCUCACAAAUGGGCCUCUGGAAAGCUUCCCAAUGAUCGGCCUCCAUGUGACCAUAGAGAGACUUGAGCUCUUUGUCGACACCACUCGCCCCGCCAUCCGAGCAGCGCUCUCUGACGCCAUUAGAGAGGCACUCAACACUAAAACAUCUAUUUUCGAGCCUAUUAUGGCGCUCCGCAUCAGGACGCCAAGAGAGCACUCUGGAAGUAUCCUUGGAGAUCUAAGUUCGUCUUCUCGCCGCGGAACGAUUCUUUCCGUCACUGAUGAGACGCGUGGAGACAAAAUCAGUGGAUCGACUUUUGGGGAAAGUGCGUCGCAAAAAAAUCCCAUUGAUAGCUUCUCCUCCUCCCCCCUUACAUAUUGCAUCAUUGAGGCAGAGGCUCCGCUCGCAGCUCUUUCAUCCUAUUCUUCUCAUCUGAGAUCAAUCAGCUCUGGAACUGCGUCCUUUAGCUUCGCUCUUCUCGGAUAUGCGGCUGCACCACAACAAUGCCGUGGUGUGGCGCCAAUCUGA